CGAAGCUCUCCAAACGGUCUUUCCUUCCGGCCUGACGAAUCUCAAUCUGCAGCCAGAGAGAGAAAAAAGGAUGGAGGAGGUUAAAAGCAUCCACGAUCACAUCAUCACAUCCAUUGAGACAUUCCCCUUUUCCAAAACCACGGCCAUCUCGACCAGCAAAGGAAGACACAAGGCCUCAGCUAACUUACCACACCAACCGAGACCAUGAAGUCCUCCAUCGCCUUCUACUCCGCAGCCCUCUUCCGCCUGGCACUAGGCCAGAGCACCGCAGGAUCGGGCACGACGUUCUGGCAAGCCGCGGCGCCGUCGAGCACCGCCCCGAGCACUUGGACCCCGAGCACGCCGGCUCCUCCUGGUCAAGCGCUGUGUGGGCAAGGGUUCACUUAUUGCGGGUAUAUCCUCAGGGAUCAUCAAAACUUCAAAGAAGAAGACGUAGUUAAAGCCUACUGCGCCGCCUCCAAGGGUAACUGCGCCAACGGCAAAACCAAAACCGACCCAAUCCAAGGCCUCUACGUCUGCCUCCCCGCCAACGCCAACCCGAAGGAAGAUGCCUCUGCCAUGUCCCAAUCCCAAUCCCCGAACCCGCACUACGACUCCUCUUCCGCCCCUAUGUUAUCCGGCAAAUCCAUCUCCGGUCUCUCCCGCUUCUUCAGCAUCCUGUCCUCGCGCACGCAUAUGAACCAUGCCGUUCAUGAGAACAUGGAUGGGAAUGGCAAGGGGAUGAUGCAUGCCAGACAGGCGCCGGCAUCGUCAAACACGACGAAUGCGGGGAAUGAUGGUGGUAGUUGCAAUACGUUGGCUACGGCGGGGAAUAGGAUUGAGUUGUUGUGUGCUUGUGGAGGAAAUUGUUUGAACCCGGUGUCGGAUCAUAUUGGGAGGUGUGAUCAGUCCUGCUAGUUAGUGUCGGUGUUAGCAUCUAAAGAAGUAAUCUCGGGGGGAUAAUGGGAAAUGCAGAGAUUGGGGAUCGAGAAAAGAUGGCGGAGAUCAAAAAUGUCUU